AUAUCCGCAAUUCCAGCGGAUUGCCACCUUGUGAAGCAAGCUCUAUUGGUAAUUCAGUAUAGAGCGAGAUGCCGCCUUGCGCAACAAUGUCGGUGCUAGCAUAUUGCUACCUACUGAAAUCUACCUUGCGAAGCGAGGGCUAUUGGCAAUUCAUCAAGUUGGCGUGGAACAAAAUAUCACCCUAGGGGGCAAGGUCAAUGCUAGCUCGCAUCAAAGACUGGUCAGCCAAGUUCAGCUUGUUGCUUUGGGGAGGGACUGCCUCAUUGAAUGCAAUAAACCUACAUGACGUAGCAGCCGUCGCACAUCUAUGUCAUCGUGAACAUAUCGUGUUCGUCAGUACCAGAUAUUUUGGGUUCGUGAGGUCCGGAAUUACCCUUGCCGAAAUUGCCCCGCUGAAGACGAACAAGAAAAGGAGCGCAUCGAGUUGGCAUAAGGUCGUUGUGUAUGACCGACGAAGAGAGGAAGACCCGACAGUGCGAAUUGAUAUGACUACGGACCGUGGUAUACCAGGCAAAUCCCUGAUAACGAUAACCGCCAGCGCAUCGCCAAUACAUUCCUCAUUCAAUUCUCCUGUAUCCAUGUUCGAUUCGGUGCCGGAAAAUACGAGCAUUUGAACAGCCCCGAAGUUUCCAAGGUAUUGGCGCAGCCACCGCCACUUCGUCAAGAUCGAAG